GGUUAAUUGAGGGAAUGACCGAACAACCAGUAACAUUGGAGGCUCUAGCGGAGUCUUUACUCCAAGAUUUACUAGAUAAUAUAGUGAGACAUCAAACUCUAGCGAGUGUCUCCAGACAUAGAUCACUUCAAGAAACAGUAGGAUCUAAAGAUCCCCUUCAAGUCCCCACAUACAACGUUUCAUCCACAAAAGAUAUCUACGGCCAGGAUAAGCUUAAAUUGAAAUCUUCUGAAGGAUCACGUUAUUUCCAAUGUGAAAAUUGCGGGAGGAAAAUCGCAGGCGGUAGAUUUGCUCAACAUAUUAAUAAGUGUUUGGAUAGAAAGGGAAGAUAAAUUGGUAUAUAUAUAAAACAAAACAUUGGGAGCCAAAAACCUACGUAUCGGGACGUCAAGGGGCACAAGAACUAAUAUAAACAAAGCAAAGUUCAGUACAAAAGCAACAUUACCAAAGAAAGAGGAUUGAGAGGAUCUUCAAUUAAAGAUGUAUAUUUACAUAUGAAGGUUAAUAGAAC